ACUCCAUACAAUUCAACCUCCGUGCUGACUGAACAGUGACCGACUAACGCACCCUACGCUCACCAUACUUUUCUGGUGCUCCGUGAUAAGAAGAGAUUUUAGCACGGCCACGGGAUUCUUUCGUCCCAAAGCCUGGCUUGUAUCCCAGUUUACCUGCACCGCUAAUAUUCCGCCCUCUAAAGAUUCCCCUGACUUGGAACUUCCGCUCCGACACCCGGUUGAUUUACCACCAUCUUCGUUUUGAAGUCUACGCGUCGUCUGAGUCGAAUUUCCUUGAGAGAUUUAUUGUUGUAUUGGAAUGGUCUGCACGGGUUGAAACGUUGAGAUCGAACGGAUCGGAUCAUGUCGACAUUUGGCACCCGGUCGAACAGUCGACCGUCGAGCAAAGAUGGGCCCAAGAAGAAUAUCUGGUCGUCCAUGUUGGAUAAUGUUGCGAAUGGGAAGCGAUUGCCGGAGAAGAAUCUUCUGAUACUGGGAGGGACACCGGAGAGUCAGCGAGAAUUCCUAGAGACAUUUUCUGCAGAUACAUCGGAACCUGGUCUUUCAAACGACAAGCGCAAAGGGAGGAUACCGCCAAUCGCCAACCAGUUUGCACUGGGAUACACAUAUCAGGAUGUGCUGGAUGCUGAUCAAGAAGACACUCUCGCACGAGUCUCCGCAUACCUCCUCUCCGAACCUUCGCCGUCCUUUGCCCCCCUCCUCAAACCGCUCUUGACCCCUCAAUCCGUCCCGGAAACAUUGGUCGUGCUCCUGCUAGACUGGUCAGACCCCUGGACAUGGAUCCGGCAACUGAGAGAAUGGAUCCGUCUUCUUCGCCAAGUGUUGAUUUCGCUCGAUGACCCGACGAAGAUUGCUAUGGAGGAAACAAUGGUUGAAUGGAGAGAUCGCAAAAGGGCUAUGGAUUCAAGUUCCGCGGGUGCGCAGGGGUUGGCUAGCUCUGGGGGACCGGUUACGAUACCCCUGGGUUCUGGUGAAUGGGAUGAACCGCUGGGGAUUCCGAUGUGUGUGGUUUGUCAGGGGGCCGAUAAAAUCGAGAAGCUCGAGAAAGAGCACGGUUGGCACGAGGAGGAGUUUGACUUUAUCCUUCAGUUUAUGAGAACGAUCCUCCUCAAACAUGGCGCAUCACUCAUAUACACGACACCGUUCCUCGCAAAUUCGUUACAAAGCCUAUUGCACUCCUCCCUCGGGAUACAUUCGCUCCUCAAGAGACAAUCCCUUAAACAUAACGUUAUCGACCGCGACAAGAUCCUGGUCCCCUCUAAUUGGGACUCGUGGGGCAAGAUCCGGAUUAUCAGAGAAGGCUUCGACAUGGAAGGCGUAUCAACAGCCUGGUCAAUCGAAAUCCAAGACCCACCCGAAUUGCUGAACUAUAACGAGUCUCCAGAAGACGCACCGCAGGAUGGUAUCGAAGCAGAAGACGGCUCCAGCGCAGUAGCAAUCUUCGAGCAAACGAUCAAAGAUCCCAAGCGGGAUUACUCAAUCGCCCCCCCUGGUCGGCAACAAAGCGACAGCAAGGUGGAAGUCGAGACCUCGGAUAUGCAGAGCUUCCUUGCAAAGCAACUGGAAGUUCUUGAUAAGCAGAAACAGGAGGAUGAUAAGGAUAGGGAAGUGCACCAGAUGCCUCAGAUGGAAAUGUCCCCUCUGGAUAAUAACGGGCGGGUCAAUGAGUACAUUGGUCCCGUCGAGUAUAACAAGGACGGUAUCCAGGUAGAUGUCGAUGCCUCGCUGCAGGGUAUUAAGGAACGCGAGGCCAAACGCGGAAAAGAAGCCCUGGUAUCUACUGGAGACGAGAAAGCACACAACCAAGCUCUCGCCGACUUCUUCGCCGGUCUAGUCCGCAAACCUCAAUCUCGUGGAAGUCCUUCAGCAUAAUCGACCAUUUCGUCCUUACGAUUCCGAUCUCUACAUGCCGCCUUCUUCUCCAGCGACAUUCUCUUUCAUUAUUUCCCUUUUGGUUUGUACACAUUACCAUAUUUUCACCGUUCAUGCGUCACAUAGAUAGAAUCCGGGCAUUAAGGUUGUUGCUGUCGUUGAUCUACGGUAGAUGGGUAUGGACAUGGAUAACCAUACGCUUUGGGC